AUGGAUGACCCAGAAGAUGCAAUAGCUAUAGUUGGAAUGGGAUGCAAUUUCCCUGGAGGGGAGGGAAUUGAUAACUUUUGGAAAGUUAUUGCAGAAGGAAAGAACUGCACAGUUGAGAUACCUGAAGAAAGAUUUAACACCAAGCACUGGUAUGAUUCAGAUGAUAAUAAGCCAGGAAAAAUACGCACCAGUCGAGCAGCUAUUGUAGAGGGAAUUCAUAUGUUUGACAACAAACUGUUUGGAAUCCAUAAUUCGGAGUCUGAUCGCAUGGAUCCACAACACAAAUUACUGCUGCAGUGUACAUACAGAGCUCUGGAAGAUGCUGGUUACUCCAUGGAGAGUAUCAGUGGAAGCAAUACUGGCGUCUACAUAGGUAUCAUGAACAAAGAUUCCGAAUUUAUAUACAAUAAUUCUCCUGAAAACAUCAAUCACUUCAAUGGAACUGGCACAUCAAUGAGCAUAGCAGCAAACAGGAUAUCAUUUCAAUUCAAUCUGACUGGGCCUUCUCUGUCACUGGAUACUGCCUGUUCUUCCUCGCUCGUGGCACUGCAUUUAGCAUGCCAAGCCAUCAGACAAGGAGAUUGCGAGUUGGCAAUAUGUGGUGGUGUCAGCUGUAUCUUAGAUCCUCGUAUCUAUGUUGCUCUCAGUAAGGCAAAAAUGAUUUCUCCUGAGGGAACAAGUAAACCGUUUUCCAAAAAGGCAGAUGGUUAUGGAAGAGGAGAAGGAUGUGGAAUUGUGGUUCUUAAACCAUUAAAACAGGCUAAAGAAGAUUACAGCAAAAUCUGGGGAGUCAUAUGUGCAAGUUCAAUUAACCAAGAUGGGCGAUCCGUAACACCAAUUACCAAACCAUCUCAAGAGCAGCAGGAAAGGCUCUUAAGUCGUAUCUACACAACUAUAGAUCCAUGUUCAAUACAAUAUCUUGAAGCUCAUGGCACUGGAACACCUGUUGGGGACCCAAUAGAAGCCACCAGUAUAGGAAAUACCAUUGGGAAAAAACGUCCAAGUAAAAUGAAACCCUUAAAGAUUGGAUCAGUUAAAGGAAACAUUGGACACACAGAAUCAGCUGCCGGGAUGGCUGGGUUGAUAAAGGUUCUGUUUAUGAUGCACCAUGAAGUGAUUCCCCCUUCUUUACAUUAUUCUAAAGAACUUGGAAUUAAACAAAUUGAAGAAUCCAAACUAGUUGUUCCAACAGCUCCUGAAAAAUGGCAUGAAGAUGUAAAAUUUGGAAGGAUGGCUGGCAUUAACUGCUUUGGAUUUGGAGGAACUAAUUCUCAUGUAGUUGUCAAACAAUAAAAAGAGCAUAACUCCAAAUAUGACUCCAAAAGACCUUCUGAAAUAUUAAUUCUCUCAGCAGCCUCCAGCAAAUCACUUCAGCUAAGCAUUGAAGACAUAAAGCAAGAGCUGAGCAAAAUGCCAUCAUCAAUAUCUCUGGAGAAUCUAGUCUAUCCUGCUGCCUGCAGAAGAAGUCAUCUUAAUUUAAAAUACAGAGCAGCAUUUCUGGCAUCUUCCUUACUAUACAACAACAAGACCAAUGGAAUAGACAGUGACAAAAGAAUUUACAUUCAGCAUAUUGUCAAGAGAUGUCAAACUGUUUUAAAAACGGAUGAUGUGUAUGAAUUACUAUCCAACUUUGGAUUUGAGUAUGGGAAAGUCUACAAACAGCUGUGUGAUGUUCACUAUGGGGAAGAGCUGAAUGAAGGGAUUGCUAAGAUUAAAACUGAAGAAAUCAAAGAAACAAUGUAUGAAUACCACAUGCAUCCAGUGAUUUUAGACUGUUUCUUUCAAAUGGUUGGUUGUGUGGUUGGUUCUAGAAUAAAGGAACCUGCAGCAAUUUUUCCAUCUUCUAUAGGAAGCUUGAGGAUUCUCCAACCUCUUCAAGAAGAAAUGGUGAUCUACAUAAAAGUACUAAGAAUCACAGAAAGUUACAUUGAAGUCUGUGGAUGUUUUGCUGAUAACAAUGGUUUAGUGUUAGCAGAGAUAGAAAAUGCCAGGAUGGAAAGCAUAAAACAAGCUGUGAGAACACAAGCUAAUUACUUUUUCCAUAUUAAUUGGACAGAGAGACCAAGCUUGAAGAAUGCAUCAAAUGAGAAGCCAAGCAUGCUGAUAUAUGCAGAUAACUCAGGAGUAAGUCAGCAAUUAUCAGCCUACCUACAUGAGGAAGUGAACUACAAUAACUUUAGCAGCUGGGAUUCAGACAUCCAGUUACACAAAUUACUCAGCAGUGAGUCUAAAGAUGUUGUAUUUAUGUGGGGGAUCCAUAGGCUCAGCGAUACAAUUCCAAAUAAUCCCACACAAUAUCUAUCAAAAUGCUGUGAGGUCUACCGACAAUUGAUUUUGGCAGUAAGACAGAAAGGCUCUGAAGCAUGUAUCAAGACAGUCACAUUCAGAACAACAGAAAGCACCGUAGAUCACAUUAAUCCUGGCUUUGUUUUUGCUGGGAUGACAAGAGCUUGCACUCUUGAAUUGCCUAACAUUACCUUUCAGUUGAUCGAUAUUGGCUCUUCAAGUCCUCAAGAUGUGGCAGCACUUGCUCAAGUUCUCCUUCAUUACAAACCCAAUGAUCAUCCGGAGGUAAGGAUAAAAGAAGGCUGUAUUUACACAGGUGAAAUUGUAUACACAGACACUGAGAAGAGUGCACAACUAUCAGCACCCUUAGAGCAGCCAGACAAUUUUACCUUGUGCACUUCAGAUAUUCAUGCUAUGACUGAUCUUUCUGCUGAACCAAAUAAUUCCGAACUCAAUGAGCUCUCAAGCAAAGAUGUAGAGAUUAGAAUUAACAAAAUAGGUGCCCACACUAAAGACUAUUUUCCAGUCAGUCUUUCUAGCUGGCAAUAUGGAAACACAUUGUACUGGAAUGGUGUGGCUUCUGAUAAACAUAAGUUAGUUGCUCUGGAUUUUGCAGGAACUGUAACAGCCGUUGGAAAAGAUGUCCGCAAAAUUCAAGUUGGGGAUAGAGUUGCUUCAUGUUAUCCAACAGUUGCAAAUUCCACAGUGAGGCUGCCAGAGAGUGUUUGCUGUUUAAUUAAGACGUUUCCAGUGCUAAGAGAAUCACCUUUUGUUUCACUAUUUGUCUUAGCCUGGGAAAUUUUACAUAACCGACUACCAGGUGCAAAAAACAAAUCUAAACUGACAAUUGUAACAACAGAAGAAAAGUCAGUUUUCGGUACAAUUUUAUCAAAAGCAGCAAAACAGAGAGGCUGGGAAACCACAAUAUCUCCAGGAAGUACAGCUAAUAGCAAACAGUGCAGUGCCAUGAUUAUACUUCCUACAUCAGAAGUAAUCUCGGGAGAAGACCUUGCUCAGCUUUCCGAACUUAAAGAUAUGGUAUUCAUAUGUGACCAGAAGAAAUCUACACAAUUCCACAGUUUAGCAAUCAACUGUAGACAUAACAUUCACAUACACAUACUAGACCUUGCAACUGUUUUCCAAAGAGCAUACCUACAAAAGUAUGCCAAAGAUAUCUACAAAUGGCUCCCAUCACUGUUGUCAGACAUUUCUCUCAUCCUUCCAAAAUCCAUAAUUCAGCCUUCUAACAGCAAAUCUAAUUUGAACAAUGCGAUGUCCAGCUAUUUUAAUGCACAAUCCUUACCGCUCAUUGAGUUAGACAAAAACACAAUUGCAAAGAUACCAAUGUCUGUCUCUGAUGCCGUUCUUUUUAGGCACAAUGCUGUUUACAUUGUGGCAGGUGGACUGACUGGCUUGGGAUUUGAAACAGUCAAAUUUAUUCUAAACAAUGGAGGUGGCCACAUUGUGAUUCUCUCAAGAAGAAACCCAAAUACUGAAAUGAAACAACAAAUAGCCAAAGCAAUGAGUGAAAAAGAGAACACUAAGAUAAAAACACUACCAUGUGAUAUAGGCCAUUAUGCUGAGGUGAAGAAAGCUAUUGAUUCAAUACAAAAGAUCUUCCCAAAUAUUCCAAUCAAAGGUGUCUUUCACAGUGCUGUUGUUCUGCAUGAUGGCAUGUUGGAGAAGUUAAAUUUGUCACUCUUUGAGAAGGUCCUGAGCCCAAAAGUUGAUGGAGCUGUCAAUCUCCACUGUGCCACAUUAAACAAAAAACUGGAUUAUUUUGUAUGUUAUUCAUCUGUUGCUUCAUUUCUUGGAAACUUUGAACAAGCUAAUUAUGCUGCUGCCAACUCCUUUCUGGACAUUUUCUGCCAAUACAGAAGAAAUCUUGGUCUUCCUGCCCAAUCAAUUAAUUGGGGAGCUCUGAAUAUUGGGGUGUUAUUGGAUCAACCACAGGUUCUUAACAUUUUGCAAGCAGGAGGACUACUUCUUUUAAAUGUACCAGAAAUUCAUGAAUACCUGAAGAAAUGUCUUUUACUAAACAAUACUCAGCAAGCAAUAGUCAAGUUUGAUUUUAAAUUGAUCCAUGACAGCCGGGCUUCACGCAUCCCAGGUAUGAAGAGGAGAUUGUUCAGUUUGGUGAAUGAAUAUGUGAACAAUUUGGAUGACAAAAACCAAAUAAAGCGAUCCAAAGUUAAUACACAAAAAUCAGAGGAUUACAUUUUGUUAUUAGUAAGUGAACUCACAAUUGUCACUUUAAGUGACAUCACAAUGGGUAGCCUUCUGAGUUCUUUAGGAAUUGACUCUAUGUUGGCAAUUACAUUACAGCAACGUAUCUUUAAUGAGAAAGGAGUAAAUGUUCCUCUUGUCAAACUACUGGAUCCCAACACAACCAUUUUAGAUGUGGUCUCAUGGAUUAAAGGAAACUCUUCAGAUGAAGAAAAGUUGGUGGAGAACAUAAAAACGGACACUUAG